GAGUUGGGUGUCUCUCAGGCUCCGCCUACUGUUUUUUAGCUCCAGCUAUUAGCUGUAGCGGCUAUCACCGGCUUUUGUGGACCUUUGUUUUUUUUCUAAAUCUGUUUUGUUUGUAUAUCUGUCGUGGGUCUGUGUGUGAAGACUGUGAGAUGGUUGUGUUAAAUAGUGAUAACGCUGACGAGCAGGAUGUAAUCCUGAUUGAGCCACGCUGCUCAUCUCUACCCAAUUCACCUGCAAAACGUGUUUCUCCAGCCAAAAAGAAGCAGUUCUUUAUAAACCAGGCCAUCCGUAAUUCUGAUCUGACCCCGAGAGCAAAGGGCAGGAAGAGUCUGAGACGUCAGGAAAACACCCGUUUUCUGGACAAUCUUUUGGAACGAGACGAUUGCCCCAAAGAGGAUGGGGAAGGGCAAGAAACAGCCUCACCCACCAUCUUCACUGAAGCCUGCACCAAUGGAAACUAUGUGGAGUACUGGAGUGAUUUUAUGAAUCGUUCUGGGGAAGAGCAAGAGCGACUGUUGGCUCUGCUCGAAGAAGAGGCCCAGAGGACACACUCCACCAAGAGCCAAGACCAAAGAGAGGCAGUUAAUCCCGCUUUCAGCGCUCAGGAAUGUUUUCAAAGGAUCGAUCGAAGAUUACGUGCGACACUGAAACGCAAACACAUUCCUAUCGGAGUGUUGGAGGGUCUGGAGUCUAAUCUACUGGUAUUCUUCAUGGCACGUCCGCAGUCGAUUUACAUUACCAAACUCGGCAGCAGUUAUGAGCGACUGCUGCUUCAUGCCGUCUGCCAAUAUAUGGAUCUGACCUCUGCCAGCUCUGACUGUAAUGGUGCUCGGCAAACGGAGGUGGUCAACAAGCAGGAAGCAUUUCUCCCUCCUGAACCAUUGCUGUCUGCCUACCUGGAGCAGCUGAACUGAACAACCUUGAAUCCUGGCCAGUGUUAGUACCAGUGCUGUUCACUUUAUCUAGCAGCACCACUGCCCAUCACCUGACCAGCGUGAACUUUGAAGCAACAUCAAAGUCAUAGGAGCUGGCCAGAUUCUUUAGAAGAGACUCGCUAGAGUUAUGUACUCAGUCUUGUGGUCUCUUUCAUUUACUUUUUCUGAUCUUUUUGAGCACCUAUUAGUAGUUGUUGUUGCUAUGCCUCUAUUUAUAAAUGAUCUGAUUCUUUCUUAUGUUUUCGAUUUUUACAUUUACUAUCAGUGGAGUCUUUGUAUAUAACUGAUUAAUAGACAAAAUAUGAAUUCUUUAGUUAUGUAGGAUGUCAUUGUGAAAACCAACUUUUGCCAUAUUUGGUCAUUUUCAUAAAUUUACAAUUCAAAUGGUGCAUCAUAUAAAUAUGCACACACACACACACAUCACAACGCUCAUAAACGUUAUGCAGUUGAACUGAACUUGAAUUUUAGCAAAACAGUACUUGUGCUUUGCCACUCUUUGGCGUCAGGCACCUACCAACAUGCACUUACAAUUAUGCCUUAUAUGCACAUGUUGUAUUUGGGUUUUUGUAUUUAAUAUAUUAAAGUUUUACAUCAAGACUAUUAUGGUUUACGUAGUGUGUAGGAAGAAUGUUUUAUACCAUCAGUAGUCCUAAAACACUUGAGCAUCUCUUGGAUUGGUGUUUAUAACUAAAACGUACGUGUUGAAUGCUUAUUCUCAGGCAUUAGCCUUCAUGAAUGUGGACAAUUACAUUAAUUAUGGAUCUUUUUUGUCAUAGUAGUGAGUGUUACAUUUUUCUAUGUAGGUGCAUGGGUUUUAUAAAUGUCUGUGUGCCAGUAAUUGAGUUUAAUGAUAAUUAUACUGCGGUGGCAAAUUCAGAACAUGAAUAUACACACCAUAAAAUGCUUCAUUGUGAGACAAAUACAAUUAAUGUGAUAUGCUUUGAAUAAAGAUCAUAGUAAUUGUGUGGUUACUGUAGAGAUGGAAAGGACAUGUGAAAAUAAAUAUCUUCAUGCUUGA